UACGUGUUCGCGAUAGCGUUCGUUCGUGACGCGAUUUCCAAAUUGUCUUUCAAACGACAUACGAAAUUCUCCCAACAUUUCUCCCCGCAAUUGGUGAAACACAAUUCGGCACAUUUCGACACGUUACUUCGUUUUUCUCGUCCCGUGGAAUUUUCGCAAACGGUUGUUAAAAGGAAGAGCCAUGUGUGUGCGUACGUUAGUCGGUAUCGAGUCCAGCGAGCCGGUUGUGGCACAUCAGCAGAACAACAAGCUACAAAAAGCAAAAGAAAAGUACAUGAAAUUGCACGACGAUCUGAUAGCCAAAGAGUUGGAGAUCGUCGAGCAGCAGAAAACCCAAGCAGUUGUCAUUCCAGAACUGGCCGAUGACAUUUUAAGGUCCAGCACGGUCAAUUACAGCUCGCUUCUGAAAGUAUUAGCGAGAUAUUACGAGACGAUACGGCAAACGAAAUUCUUCAAAAUUUUGUUUUAUACGACCCAACCGGCUCAUGUGAUAAUGAUCGCUGCGGUUUUGUGCGUGACAUCGGCUCUUGUUCCAAACAAAGAUAGAGUGCAAGUUGCGGGACAUCCUCAUUCGAGAACAGCCUCUUUCAUUUAUUUGGCCUCCUUUGUGAUGCAUCUUGGUGCCCAAAUCUGGAUGACCUUUGUCUCAGGUCUCUCCCUAUACUUUGCAUUACCAAGGCAUAUAUUCGGUGAAGUGCAACGCAUUCUGUUCCCCAGAUACUUUACCAUCAAUGCGUGUCUCAGUCUCACCACUCUUCUUAUUUUUAUCAAACACCAUCCAGCGAAUACUUGGGACACUGAAAUAGCCAUUCAGGUAUGCGCGAUGGCCAGUGCUUUCUUUUUAGAGUUAUUGAUACGACUGUAUUUGACACCGCCGCUUCUACGAUUGAUACUGCAAAAGAAUGUUUUGGAACGUGCCGCUGGAGUCGGGAAUGAAAUUGGUCGUCACAAUCCCGGCCCGUUGAAGCACUGUCCGCAUUACUUAAAAAUGCACAAUGCAUUUCGUCGCGUGCAUGUCUACAUCGCGAUGGGAAACAUGCUGACCAUGGGAUGCACGGUCUUGCAUCUACAUUACAUAGCCAACAAAUUAUGCGUUCUGUAAAAGCAUAAGAAUUUCCGUGGAUUUCGUUGAACACGCGUAUUCAAAAUUCUCGAAAUAGUAAGCACUAUUUGAACGAUAACUUAUUGGGAUAACACUGAUCAAUGUUUAGUGUUUGAUUCCAAGUGCGGGAAGAAUACUCCUAUGAUUGUAGCUAUCGCCGAGCGUCAGGAAUUUUUUAACGAAAGUAUCUGACGCGUAUAUUCUUUCGAAAAAGAAAAGACGACAAACUAAAAAAAUUACGUUAGCAAAUUGGACAGAGGCGGAUAGAAACUGAAGCUCGAUCUACGGUGUAGAACGAGUAUUCGAGAUAAUAAUUUAACCAUGUUUUCGUUAGUGAAAAUUUAAAAUGACUUCUUAAUUUAUUAUUACCGCGAUGCAUUAAUUAUAAUAAAAGUUCGAAGAACGUAAAUUUUAUUUUUUACGUCGAUCCGUUUAGCGACCUAUAUACGAUUCAUCAUUGAUAUUUUAUUGUUAAACAUACUUUCUCCUUGUAUUUCUUCUGUUUUUUUUUAAAUGUGUGUGCGCGUGGGUGAGCGUGCAAUGUAUGUAGUUAUUCGUGGAUUGCGCGCAUACGUUUGGACAAAAUUAAAAAAAAAAAAAAUAGACAAAGAAAAAUGAUAAUUUUGUCUGAGGAACGAAUGAUUUUUAAAUCAGUGAAAUGUGAUUUAGAUUAUACUAGGUUCGAAACACUAAUUCUUGCCAAAGUUUAUUGUAAAUUACUAUUAACAAUAUUUAAGAAAUAUAUUUGACAUAGCGACAUGUAAAUAUUUAUUGAUAGUAAAUCGUAUAAUUGAUAAAUUUGGAACAUUCGAAAAAAUAAGAAUGCGAAAUCACUGACUGUACUGGUAGGUAAUAAACACCAUACUCUGUAUCAGAGUUAAUCAUAUUUAUUAAAGUAGCGGUAAUACAUAAUAGUAUGAUCUUACAGCUGUGUGAAGUCGUCAGAUAUUUUAUUAAAAAAACAAACACGAGAUUAAUAAAAAAGAAUUAAUGUUUUAAUUGGCUAAUAUUCCGACUCGUGUACUCGCAUUUCAUUAUUGUAAAUAAUGCAUCUCGCUCAUUACAUAACUGUAAAUUAUAAGGUACAUCGGACAGCAAUAUAAAUUCUGCUUUUUUUUUAAACAUCUGAUGUGUAUAUCAAUUAUGAAUCCUAUCAUAUUAUGCUGACUAUGGAAGAUAUGAUUCUUAAUGAAUGUAUGUAUUAUUAGUGCAUUUUCAACUUCCUUCGUAUUUAAUUUAAAUAAUUUACGUAUAAAAAAACUACUUUUAAUUACAAUUUCAUGACAUAAUCUUACAUCUUAAGGAUUUUGAAAACUCGUAAGUAUGUAAUCAUAUUAUCACAUAAGUUGUUUCGUUACUAAUUCUAGUAUCACCAAUACUACCACUAUAACUUUUGUCAUUGUAAUAAAAGAGUUUAAUGUUUCCCUUCUCUCUUAUUA